UCUCUUCAUCACCCUCGGUCCAUCCACUUCACUUCACUCUACUUCAUUUGGAGCUUGAAGCUUCCAAUUCAUCCCACGCUCUUCUCGCCUUAAAGCUUGACACGCUCAUUACUCUCUUUGCUCAACACACAAAACCUCUCGCAGCAACGUAUCGCCCUCUCAACCCUCCACGCCUCUCGUCAUGCUCGCAUUCUCCCCACGAUCCCUCGCCUUCGGCCUCGCGGCUGCUCUGGUUGCCGUUAGCUCUGCUGCGACUGCGCAGACAACGACCUCGUCCGCCGUCUCGGGCAUUCCGACGGGCAUCUCAUCAAACUGCUCUUCCUUCCUCACCAAGCUCAACGCAGACAGCAGCAUCAAAGCAUGCACUGCCCCUCUUCUCUCCGCCACAACCUACUACACCAACGCCACCAAGUCUUCUUCAGCAAAGAAUGCAGCUUCGGGCGCUCUGCAAGAGUCUCUCUCAAGGCUCUGCGGCGCGAACACGGGAUGCGAUUCGGGAUUGAUCAGGCAGUACUUGAGCGAAUUCUGGUCAAGCUGCACGCCAGAGAUCAAGAGCCAGACGGACGGAGUACUGGACGUGUAUGAUGUGCUUUACCUCCUGAACCCUUUCAGGGAGGCCAUCUGCUCCAAGGACGAUGAUGGCAAUUUCUGUCUUACCACGGUUGCGUCUACCGCGGAUGGCAGUAAGACGAAGCGCAGCGCCGAUGAGCUGCAAGAGGACUUCAACGAGGAGGAAGCAGAGUUCUUCUCGCAACUCCAGGAGCGCUUGCAUCGCCGUCAAUCGGACGCAAGCGACACUGCUGGCUCGACGGUCAGCAACUCCUCGCUGCCAAACAUCGCCUUCCUUUUCGUCCAGCCGAACAGCGACAAGUCUGCCCUCUGCUCCGCAUGCACGCAGAACAUUCUCGCCUCGUACAUCAAGUUCGAGACGUCUAUCCCCUACGCGAUUGGGUUGAGCAAUUCAAAGGCGCUCGCCGGGCAGAGCGCGUUGUACAAGGCCGGGAAGGAAAAGUGUGGUGGCAAGUGGGCACCAAAGAUCAAUUCCAUCGCUGGCACGACGGAUUUCGCCAAGGUGGCGGCUGCACCGCAGGGCGUCAGGGCGAGUGCUGCCGUGAUGGCGCUGGUGGCGGGUGUAGCAGCAUUGGUCAUGGCUGCGUGAGCGGACGACUUAGCACGGGAAGUAUGGCCAUUUGCUUGUCACGCUUCCCAAGAUGGACUCUCGCAGCGCAUCGUCACCACCACCACCAACACCACUACUACGGAUCAAUUUCCCAUCACGGCCCGUUCAAGGAUCCCGGCCGAGGCCAUCCCCUUCACCUCUCUAUUCCACCAACGCUUCCUUCCUCGCUCACGCAAGCCUCGUUUCGUUCUUCACCCGCGGCGCAGCAAGUCGUCCGUCUAUUACCCACUUCGGGCUCUUUUCAUUGCUCUCUUUUUUGAUUUCCACGCCUCGCCCCUGUAACAGACCGUCGCCUCGUUUGCGUUUCCUCGCUACGCUACCCCUCUCCCUUCACUUCAGUGGAAGGCAAUCUCGUCUCGCUGGUCG